AUGGAGAACUUUGAAGAUUUGAAAAUUCUCGUGGAGCAGUGGUCGCAUCAAGGAAUUGAAUAUCUUCAGAAGAUACCACCGACUCAGCUGUAUGCCGCCAUUGGUGUUCUGUUGUUCACAACCCUUUUGCUCUUAUCCAUUCGUUUGGUCAGACGUACCAAAUCCAACACUGUGCUCCUUUCUGGGCUGACUGGAAGUGGAAAGACUGUGCUCUUUUAUCAACUCCGAGAUGGAUCAUCGCAUCAGGGCACUGUAACGUCAAUGGAACCAAAUGAGGGCACUUUCGUUUUCCACACUGAAAACACUAAGAAAGGAAAAAUAAAGCCUGUUCAUCUUGUUGAUGUUCCUGGGCACUCUCGGCUUCGACCCAAACUAGAAGAAUUCUUGCCUCAAGCAGCUGCCAUUGUGUUUGUAGUGGAUGCCUUGGAGUUUCUCCCAAACUGUCGUGCAGCUUCAGAGUACCUAUACGACAUUCUGACCAAUGGGAACGUUGUCAAGAAGAAGACACCAGUCCUCCUUUGCUGUAACAAGACAGAUAAACUCACUGCACACACCAAGGAGUUCAUCAGGAAGCAGAUGGAGAAAGAAAUUGAGAAACUGAGGGCUUCAAGGAGUGCAGUAUCUACAGCUGAUAUAGCAAAUGACUUCACCAUUGGAAUCGAAGGAGAAGUGUUCUCUUUCUCACAUUGCCGUAACAAAAUCACUGUCGCUGAAGCAUCCGGACUCACUGGAGAAACCGAGCAAAUCCAAGACUUCAUUCGAGAAUACAUCAAGCCAUGA